AUGGCGGCCCCCAGCAGCCGGUGAAGAGAGAGGAGGACACGGGGAUCCCGGGGAGCGGCCGGACUCUUGCGUUAUGGCCGCAUCCCCGCACACUCUUUCCUCACGCCUCCUGACAGGUUGGGUAGGAGGAUGUGUCUGGUAUCUAGAAAGAAGAGCUAUGCAGGAAUCCCCUCACACAUUCGUGCAUCUUUUCAGGAAUGUCAAUAAGCAGUGGAUUACAUUUCAGCACUUGUCCUUCCUCAGGCGCAUGUAUGUCACACAACUGAACAGAAGCCUCAACCAGCAAGUAAAACGGAAGCCAGAACCUGUGGCAUCUCCUUUCCUUGAGAAAACAUCUUUGGGUCAAGCCAAAGCAGAAAUCUGUGAAAUGAGACCUCUUCUACCCCCCAGCCUACCGUUAUCCAGAAAGCCAAAUGAAAAAGAAUUGCUCGAACUGGAAUCGGCAUCCGUAAUUGAAGGCUCGCUAGAUGCAGGGAAAGAGGCGAAGGAUGAAAAGCGCUGGAAAGAGAUGAAGUUGCAGCUGGAUGAUUUGCCAGGAAUUUUGGCGCGGCUGUCCAAAAUCAAACUCACAGCUCUGGUCGUCAGCACCACUUCGGCCGGAUUUGCACUGGCCCCAGGACCUUUUGACUGGCCCUGCUUUCUGCUUACUUCUCUGGGCACAGGCCUUGCAUCCUGUGCCGCCAACUCCAUCAAUCAGUUUUUUGAGGUGCCGUUUGAUUCAAAUAUGAAUAGGACAAAGAACAGACCUCUCGUUCGUGGACAAAUCAGCCCGUUGCUAGCUGUGACCUUUGCCACUUGCUGUGCUGUUCCAGGAGUCGCCCUCCUGACCUGGGGUGUGAACCCGCUCACGGGAGCCCUGGGGGUCUUCAACAUUUUCCUGUAUACCUGCUGCUACACGCCGUUGAAGAGGAUCAGCAUCGCCAACACGUGGGUGGGCGCCGUAGUCGGGGCCGUCCCGCCGGUCAUGGGCUGGACCGCGGCUACCGGCAGCCUCGACGCCGGAGCCUUUCUCCUGGGAGGGAUCCUCUACUCGUGGCAGUUCCCCCACUUCAACGCCCUGAGCUGGGGCCUCCGCGAAGACUACUCCCGCGGCGGCUACUGCAUGAUGUCGGUCACGCACCCGGCCCUGUGCCGGCGCGUCGCCCUGCGCCACUGCCUGGCCUUGAUCGGACUGGCGGCGGCGGCGCCCGUCCUCCAGGUCACCACGUGGACCUUCCCCGUCAUCUCCCUCCCCAUCAACCUGUACAUUUCCUACCUCGGCUUCCGGUUCUACACGGACGCGGACCGGAAGAGCUCCCGGAAGCUGUUCUUCUGCAGCCUGUGGCACCUGCCCUUGCUUCUGCUGCUCAUGCUCACCUGCAAGCGGCCCCCGGCUGCGGGCGGUGGCGGGGGAGAGCCUCGGACUUGAAAUCCCCGGGGGCGCGUGGGGGAAAAAAAACAAAACCAAAA